AUGCACUUUGCACCCACAAAGUGUAAAGUCCUGCUCGUGGACAUGCAGUCACUGCACAUGCCACUUACAAUGUAUUCUGAUUGUAGUGUGACAGGUGAGGUCAAUGCACGAAUCUGCAAGGCUCAGAUCGCGUUUGCUAAUUUGAGACAUCGAUUCGUCAAAUCGGCAUAUCCAUGUAUCUCAAGACUCCAGAAAGAAUUGAUGGAAUUACUGGUGUCAUCACCCAAAGGCAUAACGGCAUUUCCUGACGGUGAAAACCUUACUCGGUGGCUUGCUUCCAUUCAAGGCCCUGAUGAAACGGUUUAUGAGGGACAGCGCUACAAGCUUUCUUUGGAAUUCGGCCCGAACUAUCCUUACAGUCCCCCGACUGUGCGCUUCGUCUCAAGAUGUUAUCAUCCGAACGUGGAUCAUCAAGGCGCCAUUUGUCUGGAUAUUCUAAAGGAGAAAUGGUCACCCUUGCUCACAGUUGAAAACCUACUUCUUUCAAUUCGGAGUCUGCUGGCAGAACCAAACAAUGACAGUCCAUUGAACGGUCAGGCAGCUCAGUUAUGGAACAAUCCGUCAGCCUUUCGAAUUGAGAUGCUCAAAUUUCAGUCAGCCGCGACAAAUUCGAGUUGAUGCUAAUUGUUUUCCUACCACUGUUUGUACAGUGCUUGUACAUGUCAAUGCCUAUUCCUUGCCUGUCCAACCUACCAGAAACUUUCAUUGUCCAUUACAUGUUUGGGUGUACCUGUAUACGGUGGUUGUAGAAAUCUGUCAAAAAGAGACCAUUUACAACAAACACUUUUUUUCGUCAAUAGUCAAAGUCAAAAAAAACGGAGUGCUCGAUUGUGUAAAAUAGCGGGAUCACAGUGAUCAUUGCGUGUUUACAAAAAUGAACGAACAACGGAACGGAAUGUUAGGUGCUUAUAUUUGGAAUGGCUGUACUGGCUUGUAUACCGGAGGAUCCGUAAAUUUGAUUGAUUGUAUUCAAAAGACGCUGUCGUUGCCUCCGAUCCCCACGAGCGAGACAGUGAGCAAGGCCAGUGAGCUGAGCACGCGAGUACUUCGUACCAGUGUGCGUCAACCAGUGUUCCCAUUCGUGUACUGGUACGUAGAAUGCCUGGAUGUAUUCGAUUACACGAUCCAAAUUGGGGAACGAGCUG